UCGCAAUAUCCUUCACACUUGAAAUCCGAUUCAAUUAGGGCUAAAAAUCGAAACCUACGAAGAAAUUCUAAUCUCAAUGACCCUCAAAAGUUCCAAAAAUUACGUCUACUCCAUCUUCUCUCCAUCCAAAUACUAUAUAUAUCAAUCUGUAUAAUUUCAACUUGUAUUUUAAGAUCCAUUGAGAAUUCAGAUCAUAUCAGUUUCACAUAAGAUACCCACUUGCAAAUUCUGGAUUCAUUUGGAUAUAAUUCUGUCUGGGUACUUUGCGAUUUGAGGUAAUUUGGGGGGCCGGGGGGUCGCUUAGGUGGGUGCUCAUUUGGAAAGUUUCAUUUUUUGAUGCAAUUGGCAAAGUUUCAGCGGAAAAUAUCAUUUUUUGAAGAAUAAAACAAUGAUGGGUUUUGUGUUCGACGGGGUUGAAGUUGUGUCUCGUGUAUGAGUAUAUGAAAAAUAAUGGAUGAUAUUACACUGACAUCGGUUUCAAAUGCAAAUGCUAGUGUUACUUUGGCAAGCCGUACUUUGUUAAUUGGAGAAGAUGUAACAGCAGUGUCUGAUGAGAAUGCCGGUAUUGCAUUGGCAAACCAUACAUUGUCGAUUGGGCAGGAGUUCCCGGAUGUCGACACUUGUAGGAGGACAUUAAAAGAUAUAGCUAUAGCUAUGCAUUUUGAGAUUCGGAUAGUAAAAUCCGAUAGGAGUAGGUUCAUAGCCAAGUGCUCCAAAGAGGGUUGUCCAUGGCGUGUCCAUGUAGCUAAAUGCCCAGGAGUUUCCACAUUUACCAUUAGGACGCUUCAUGGGGAGCACACAUGUGAAGGUGUUCAGAACCUCCACCAUCACCAGGCAUCUGUGGGUUGGGUUGCGCGGUCUGUGGAAGCGCGCAUUAGGGAUAAUCCACAGUAUAAGCCAAAGGAGAUUUUGCAAGACAUUCAGCAUCAACACGGGGUUGCUGUGUCUUAUAUGCAGGCAUGGCGGGGAAAGGAGCGUAGUAUGGCUGCACUGCAUGGGACUUAUGAGGAAGGAUAUAAACUUCUUCCUGCGUAUUGUGAACAGAUAAGGAAGACUAAUCCUGGUAGCAUAGCCUUAGUUGUUGCCACCGGACAAGAUAAUUGGUUUCAGAGACUAUUUAUUUCAUAUCGUGCUGCAAUUUAUGGGUUCAUAAAUGCUUGUCGGCCACUUUUGGAACUGGAGAGGGUUCAUCUCAAAGGAAAGUACCUGGGAACAUUGCUUUGUGUUGCUGCUGUUGAUGCUGAUGAUGCAAUGUUUCCAUUGGCCAUAGCUGUUGUUGAUGUAGAGAGUGAUGAGAAUUGGAUGUGGUUCAUGUCAGAGCUGCGGAAGCUUCUUGGAGUAAAUACUGACAGUAUGCCUAGACUCACUAUUAUCUCUGAGAGAACCAUCGGUAUGGUGGAAGCAGUCGAGACACAUUUCCCUAAUGCAUUUCAUGGUUUCUGUCUACGAUACAUCAGUGAGAAUUUUCGUGAUACAUUUAAGAACUCGAAGCUGGUUAAUAUAUUUUGGAACGCUGUUUAUGCACUUACAUCAGCUGAAUUUGAAAGUAAGAUCUCCGAGAUGGUUCAGAUUUCACAAGAUGUUCUUCCAUGGUUUCACCAUUUCAACCCCCAGCUUUGGGCUGUGGCAUACUUUGAGGGGGUUCGUUAUGGUCAUUUCACAUUGGGGAUUGCGGAAUUUUUGUAUAAUUGGGUAUUGGAAUGUCAUGAGCUUCCUAUUGUACAAAUGAUGGAGCAUAUCCGCCAUCAGUUAACGUCAUGGUUCAAUGAUCGCAGAAAUAUGAGCAUGAGAAUGACUUCAAUACUUGUUCCAUCUGCUGAGAAGAGAAUUUCAGAGGCAAUCGCUGAUGCUCGCUGUUACAAAGUACUUCGUGCAAAUGAAGUUGAAUUUGAGAUUGUGUCGACUGAGAGGACUAACAUUGUGGAUAUAAGGAGUCGAAUCUGCUCAUGUCGCCGUUGGCAACUCUAUGGUCUCCCAUGUGCACAUGCUGCUGCUGCACUCAUCUCUUGUGGGCAAAAUGCCCAUUUAUUUGCGGAGCACUGUUUCAGUGUGCACAGUUACUGUGAGACCUAUUCACAGAUGAUAUAUCCCAUCCCUGAUAAAAGCCUUUGGAAGGAGCCCGGUGAAGGAACUGAUGGUGGAGGUGCAAAACUUGAUAUCACAAUUCGUCCACCCAAAAUUCGUAGGCCUCCAGGAAGACCCAAAAAGAAGGUUCUUCGCAUGGAGAGUUUAAAACGCCCAAAGAGAGUCGUUCAAUGUGGUCGCUGCCAUAUGCUAGGACAUUCUCAAAAGAAAUGCACAUUGCCCCUGCGAUCUUAAUAAUGUGUUCUUGCAAGCAUGAUUUAACGACGUGUACCUCUUAAAUAAUUUAGUCAGAAUACUAGGCUUCAGUGGCAUAGUUUCAACUGUUCGAUGUUGUGAUCCUUGUAAUCAUAUGACUAUAAACUUAGUUGUCUUCUCAUUGUUUAAUUAAUUACUCGAGUUCCUUCCAUUUCA